AUGGUGUUUGCCAACUCCGCCAAUUUCAGGGUCUUCGGGGAAUUCUACAAUAUCAUAGAUGGCAAAAUCACCUCGACACCCAGUACCACGCAUAACAUCAAUCCCGCUACGGGUGAGGCAAACCCACCGGUGCCGUUGUCAAGACCGAAAGAUGUUGAAGAUGCCGUGAACGCCGGCAAACGGGCAUUCAAGCUUUGGGCCAAGGUCCCCUUUGCGCAGCGAAGGAUGGCCGCCCUUGCCUUUGCAGACGCUAUUGAGGGUCAUCAAGAACAAUUUGCAAAAUUGCUGACACAGGAGCAGGGGAAGUCGAUCCCGUUUGCUCAAGGCGAAGUUCUUGCGACAACAGGAUGGAUUCGAGUGCUUGCCGAUAUCGAGUUAAAAGACGAGAUCAUCGAAGAAACCGACGAAAAGCUGACGAUCACGCGAUAUACGCCACUAGGCGUUGCCGUCGGUAUCGUCCCUUGGAACUUCCCGAUACAUAUCUCCUGUGCGAAGAUUAUACCUGCUGUUCUGACUGGGAACCCAAUCAUUAUCAAACCUUCACCAUUCACCCCGUAUUGCAAUCUGAAGCUCGCCGAACUGGCUCAACAGUUUUUCCCUGCAGGCGUUGUGCAAGCGUUGAGUGGUGACGACAAUCUCGGACCAUGGCUCGUCGCACAUCCAGGCAUUCCCAAGAUCAGCUUCACCGGCUCUACUGUAACCGGAAAGAAGGUUUUAGCGAGUUCCAGUAAUGAGAUCAAGCGAGUUACGCUGGAACUGGGGGGCCUCGAUCCAGCUAUUAUCUGCCCCGAUGUCAACAUUCAGGCAAUCUUGCCACAGGUGGCUCUUGCUGCGUUCAUCAACUCUGGACAACUGUGCAUGGCCAUUAAGCGGGUUUACGUCCACGAAGACAUCUACGAUGAGUUUCUCCAUGCUCUUGUUGAACACACCAAGCAACUUAAAGUCGGCAAAGGCACGGAUGAGGAUGUUUUCUUCGGACCGGUGCAAAACAAGGUCCAGUAUGAAAAGGUGAAGACCUUCUUUGAUGAUUUUGCGCGAGAAAAAGCAAGUCUUGCAAUGGGCGGGCACAAUAGCACAGCCAAAGGCUAUUUCAUCAAUCCUACUAUUGUUGACAGACCCUCUGACACGUCAAGAGUUGCCAAUGAAGAGGUUUUUGGUCCUGUUCUGCCACUGAUGACGUGGAAGACGGAGGAUGAAGUUAUUUUCAGGGCUAAUAAUACAGAAAUGGGCCUGGGAGCUUCUGUAUGGUCUGCGGAUGUUGAACGGGCUAACAGAAUCGCUGAGCAGCUCGAAGCUGGCAGUGUUUGGGUCAACAACCACUUCGAGCCUAAUCCCAAAGCCGCCCUUGCAGCGUUUAAGCAAAGUGGGCUUGGCUCCGGAGCCGGCCUGAGUGGAAUGCGCGAGUUCUGCAAUCCUCAGACCCUGUAUCUCAGAAAAGUCAAGCAAGGGAGCAAGCUGUAA